ACGAAUUUGAACCUACUUCUAACCGUUCGUGUGUAGCCUAGCCUACUUUUAUUUUGACGCUUUUCGUCGUCAUAUUGCCCGCUACUGUUCCUCCCCGGAAGUUCACUGGCUGCAGGCAGCUAGGCUACAUUACCUGAAGAACUCAUGAACUAACCUACGAGAUGGACAAUACUGGAGAUGAUUUGUUUGACACUAUUUUUAUGGCCGAUAACCGGUAUCACAUUCAAGGCUAUGAUGAAGGAUUUGAAGAAGGCAAGCGGCAGGGAUGGUAUGAGGGUCAAAAUCAUGGCAGGAUUCAUGGGGCCAAACUGUCUGCAGAGGUUUCUUUCUACAAUGGUUUUGCAAUGACAUGGAAAUACCUUCUUCAAAAAGAUAUGAAUUCCAAAGCAAGGAAACAGCUGAAGCUAUUGGAAACGCUUACUGGAUUGAUUCAAACAUUUCCCCUUGAGGAUCCACUGCACCAAAACCUUCAAGAAAAUAUGGAGCAGAUUCGAGCCAAAUUUAGACAAGUUUGCUCUUUACUGCACAUCUCUACAGACUUCCAUGGUUAUAUCAAUAGCCCGGGACAAUUAUCAUUCUAAAUGUAAAGUAGACCACAACUGGAGUACAACAGGAAACAAAGAAGAAACACAAACCAUCAUAACAUCUUUUUUAUGUUUAUGAAUUUAACAGAUCUUUUUAUCCAAAGAGACUUGUAUGAGAAAAGAGAAAAGUUUUGUUUUAUAUAAAAAAGCAAUUAAAAGUCUUUAUGCAAAUUGCUACAAGGAUACAAGGAGGUUUAUUUGUCACAUGCAUAUCAUUACUAAAGUAAAGAAUGCAGUGAAA